AGAUAGUGGCUCAAAACCAAAGCGUAAACGCAGCUGUCCCGUGUACUUCGGGGUCAAGUCCUACUUGCACGAGUUCUACGAUGACCACACCUUCAAGGACCCGUCUGUGUACGAGGACGACGACCACCAGUUUCUGCUCCAGUCCCACCACCGCCGUAGACGGUGCACACCAAUAUGGUGGAAGAUAUUCAUGUGGAUAGGUGUCAUCCUUUUGCUCUUUGGGGUGAUAGGCAUCUUGAUUGGCUACCUGGUGCCACCUCGUCACGUGCUGCUGGAUGCUGGCGAUCCCAAGGGAAACGCGUACGUGGACGAGAAGGCUCAGGAGUACAACACCACACUAGACAUGUGCAAACUGACCGGGCUCAUCUUUUUCUGCAUCGGUGGUGUAACACUGGCCAUGGCUCUGCUUUUCCCGUCCUUCCUGACUCACUACUGUGACGAAGAGUCGCGUGGGGAGGACCCUGCCAUCAAGGUGCCUCUACAAGAAGACGCGGACAAGGGGCCAGUGAGUCCACUGCAGAUGGUCAUCCCAGCAUCGUCCAAAGUGAAAAGUGUUCAGCCGGACAAGAAGUCAGAGCAGCAAAUGCUGACUCAAACAUCAAGUCCAACAGACCAGUGAAUCCCGUUUGUGUUGUUUCUAGAUAUUUGAUUGCUGAACAGGAAGGGAUUGUACUUCUUGAAAUGACUUUGACAGACGCACAUGCGCAGGAGAAAGAAGCAAUGGGUGUUUUUUCGGUGUGAGAAAAUUGUGUAUUAUCUAUUGAAGUUGCGAUAAAACGUCACAUCUUCUUGUACAUCAAAAAAACCCGUCCGCGGGUGCGAUUCAAGACAUGUGGACAAUACUGUGAGAAGCAAUGAUAUAUUGUUUAGUCUUGAAGGCAGCUGACUUCAGCUUAGAUUCUAAAAACGUUCCCAACUGACUGAUUCAAUGACAUUGAGCUCUUACGCAGUUUAUAUUGGUCUGAUAGAAGAUAGCUGAAGCUGAAGGGGGAUUCUGUCUGUUUACAAAGAAAAAUCAAAUUGAUGAACACUAUAGACAAAGGACACCCUGGCAUGCUCACUUCAAGUUCAAGAGAAAACAUUGAAUAUAAUGGAACCGAACAUGAAGAGUCGCAGUUUCCAGUGACUAGUGUGACUUAUUCUCUUCAGUUUUUUAGCGAUCAGCCAUCACGUUCUUUGAUUCGAUACCGUUAGCAUUUAAGUGUAUUCUGAGUCUACUGUUGUUGUUUUUUCGUUGUAGAUAUAUCAUCUUACUUUAUCCUGAAUUCCCUUGCAUCUUAUAAUACUCCUUGUUUUAUGUUCUACUCUGUAAAAACAAAAGGAUUAAACCCAUGUUCGCUCUCAUGGCGAAUAUUCGUGAAAUA